UCAUCUAUAAAUCCAAUGCAUUCUCAUGCUGCAAAGCAUAGCAAUCCCAUUGCAAUCUACCUAAUUACAACUUCAGACUCCCAGAAAACCUUCAACAUGUCGGACAAGUGCGGCAACUGCGACUGCAGCGACAAGAGCCAGUGCGUCAAGAAAGGAAACACCAUGAUCAUCGAGACCGAGAAGAGCUACAUUGGCACCGUGGCGACUGAGGUUCCGGCAGAGAACGACUGCAAGUGCGGAGCUAACUGCACCUGCACGAACUGCACAUGUGGUCAUUAAGCUAACAUAAAGAACAAUGAUGUUCCAGUUCAUGAGAAAAUUGGGACCUAAAAAAUAAAGAAAUUCGGUUCUUUCGU